AGCCCUGGCGCGUCUGUGAGAGCAGCGACAAUGGAUCAAUCUCUGGCUGCCGGCCCUGAGAUGAGAAAUGUUCCCUCAGAAGAGACGGUGUCAUUUGAAGAUGUGGCUGUGAACUUCACGUGGCAGGAGUGGCGGUACCUGAGUGAAGCUCAGAGGACCCUGUACCGGGAUGUGAUGCUGGAGACCUGCAAUCACCUGGUGUCCCUAGGGCACUGUGUUACCGAUCCUGAGGAGAGCAUCAGGUCGGAGCAGGGAUUACAGCCGUGGACUGUGGACGAUCCCCCAAACCAGGACCUCUCAGAUGUCCAUACUGUGGAUCACCUGACUCAGGACAGCCCUGCAAAUCAGGGCAGACAUGUGUGGCAAGUUCUUACCACCAGCAGCAAAAUACCAUCCAACGAGAGAACUGACUUAAUGGAAAAAAGCAAUUUGCACUCAAUUCAUUGUUUGAACCAUAGUAUCAAAAAUGAAAACAAUUCAGCAAUGAUGCCUGAGAACUUUACUAUACAUAGGACCAUGAUGAUCCCUGGUGAGCCUCAUGAAGGGCAUGCUGGAGAGAACGAGGAGGUCUUUAGUAGAAUGAGGGAACCUAUCAAGUAUCCUGAGCACCUUAGUCACCAGGUGAUUCAGAACUUUCAACAGCCUUUUGAAUUUCGUGAACAAGGAAAAGUCGUGAGUGAAGAAACAGUAUUUACACCUAGAGGAGCCCUUCUGGAAGGGAUUGUCCGUAAAUGCAAUGAGUGCAGGGACACCCGUGAUGAGGUACCUUUCGUUGUCCGAGACAGAACCCAAGGAGGACAGACUCCCUGCAGUUGUAAUGAAAAGGGGAGAGCUGCGGAGAUGACUCCAGUGCAUUUGAAUCCUCCUAGGUAUGUUGAACAUGAGCAGCAGAAAUGUUGUGAAAGUGGGGCCAGUCUCAGAAACACAUUUCAUACCUAUCCGCGUGAGAGUACCCAGUUAGGAAAGAAUAAUUUGGGAUAUAAGAGAUAUGGUGAAGCGGCCUCUAAAACCUCUGUUCUGACUGAACAUCAGAAAACACAAGCAGACGAUCAACCUGAUGAGUGUGGGGGCACCGCUGAGAUUUCCUUACAGAGGGGAUACCAGAGAAAUCUCACUGCAGUGAAGUUGUUUGGCUCUAACGAUUAUGUGAAAACUUACUCAUGGAAGACUGCCCUCACUUUACAUCCACAGUCUCAAACGGGAGUGAAGCGCUACCCGUGUCAGGUGUGUAAGAAAACUUUCAGGCGGAAACCUGCUUUUAGUGUCCAUCAGAGAACUCAUACAAGGGAGAAAUCCUAUGAAUGUCAGGCGUGCAGGAAAGUGUUCCGUAAGUCAGUUCUUGUUCUACAUGAGAGGACUCACACUGGAGAGAAAUGCUAUGAAUGUGAAGGGUGUGGGAAAGCUUUUUCCAGGAAGUCUCACCUUACUGAGCAUCAGAGAAUUCACACUGGAGAGAAGCCUUACGAAUGUCAAGAGUGUAGGAAGACUUUCCUCUGGAAAUCAUCCCUCAGUAAACAUCAGAGAAUUCACACUGGAGAGAAGCCCUAUGAUUGUGAAGGGUGUGGGAAAGCUUUUUCUAGUAAGACACACCUUAUUAGACAUCAGACAAUUCACACUGGAGAGAAACCCUAUGAAUGUGAAGGGUGUGGUAAAGCUUUUUCCAGUAGGUGUUACCUCAGUGAGCAUCAGACAAUUCACAGUGGAGAGAAGCCUUAUGAAUGUCAAGAGUGUAGUAAGACUUUCCGAUGGAAAUCAUCCCUCAGUCAACAUCAGAGAAGUCACACUGGAGAGAAAGCCUAUUAUUGUGAAGAGUGUGGGAAAGCUUUUUCCAGUAAGUGUUACCUCAGUGAGCAUCAGAGAAUUCACACUGGAGAGAAGCCUUAUGAAUGUCAAGAGUGUGGGAAGACUUUCCAGUGGAAAUCAUCCCUCAGUAAACAUCAGAGAAUUCACACUGGAGAGAAACCCUAUGAUUGUGAAGGGUGUGGGAAAGCAUUUUCUCGUAAGGCACACCUCAUUAGACAUCAGAGAAUUCACACUGGAGAGAAACCCUAUGAUUGUGAAGGGUGUGGGAAAGCUUUUUCCUGUAAGUCACACCUCAUUAGACAUCAGAGAAGUCACACUGGAGAGAAACCCUUUGAUUGUGAAGUGUGUGGGAAAGCUUUUUCCCGUAAGUCCAACCUCAUUACACAUCAGAGAAUUCAUAGUGGAGGGAAAUCCUAUAGUGAGUGUCAAGAAUGUGGGAAGGCUUUCCGCCAGAAAUCAUCCCUCAGUAAACAUCAGAGAAGUCACAGUGGAGAGAAGCCUUAUGAGUGUCAAGAGUGUGGAAAAACUUUUUCCAGUAAGCAAGCUCUCACUGGACAUCAGAGAUGUCACUGGACAAAAUCCCUGAUUGUGAAGAGUGGGAAUACUUUUCAGGAAGUCAGCCCUCACUAGGCAUGACAAACUCCACACUGGAGGGAAAUGCUGUGAAUGUCAAGAGUGUGCAGGCAAGCCUCCCCUGGACUUUGUGGUGGGAGUUUGAUUCCCUGGCCGGCCAGGAGCAGCCCCAUGGUGCGGCAGACCUCUCCAUUCUGGCCCACUGCAUGUAUUUCAGCAGUGUAUUUUGGUCAGUCUGCCUGUACUGUUCCCCGCUCUGUUUCUGCUGCAUCCUCUCACCCUCCCACACAUCUGGCCUGUACCCUUGUUCUU